AUGGGAAAAUACAAUCAAUCUUCUGUGACAGAAUUUGUCCUGCUGGGGCUUACAGGUUACCCAGAGCUUGAGGCCAUUUACUUUGUGCUGGUACUUUGCAUGUAUCUGGUGAUCCUGUUGGGAAAUGGAGUCAUCAUCACUGUUAGUGUCUGUGACUCCCACUUGCACACCCCCAUGUACUUUUUCCUCAGUAACUUGUCAUUCUUGGACAUCUGCUACACUAGUUCUUCUAUUCCCUUAUUUCUCAGCAGCUUCUUAACUUCAAAGAAAACCAUCUCCUUCUCUGGAUGUGGAGUGCAAAUGUUUCUCUCCUUUGCUAUGGGAGCCACAGAGUGUGUCCUUUUAAGUAUGAUGGCAUUUGAUCGCUAUGUGGCCAUCUGUAACCCUCUGAGAUACCCCAUCAUUAUGAGCAAGACUUCUUAUGUGCCCAUGGCUGCUGGGUCCUGGAUCGCAGGGGGUGUCAAUUCUGUGUUGCAGACUUCACUUGCAAUGAAGCUUCCUUUCUGUGGUGAUAAUGUCAUUAAUCAUUUUACUUGUGAAAUCUUGGCGGUAUUAAAAUUGGCCUGUGCUGAUAUAUCCAUUAAUAUUAUUAGCAUGGUUGUUGCUAAUGUGAUUUUCCUUGUGGCCCCAGUACUUUUUAUUUUUAUAUCAUAUGUUUUCAUUCUCUCCACCAUCCUGAGGAUUCCUUCUGCAGAGGGAAAACGGAAGGCCUUUUCCACGUGCUCCGCCCACCUAACAGUGGUUAUUAUAUUCUAUGGGACCAUCCUGUUCAUGUAUGCAAAACCCAAGGCUAAAGACUCUUCAGGGGCUGACAAUCUGGAUGCAACAGACAAACUUAUAUCCAUGUUCUAUGGGGUGAUGACUCCCAUGAUGAAUCCUUUAAUCUACAGUCUUAGGAACAAGGAUGUGAAGGAGGCAUUAAAAAAUUUACUGAGCAGAAGAUUAAUUUGCAAGUGA